AUGCACAGUGCGCGAAAAACAGCCAGCUGUCCUCAUUUUGCGACGACAUCCGCCUUGCUCACCAACAGUGCGAAACAGAUGUCGCGCAUUUUGGGGGAUCGCAUGACGUCGCUGAUCGAUGAUCGCACCUGUUGUUGGGUUGGAGGUCAAGCGACACACGCGAUGGGGUUCAGCGACAAGAGCAAAAGGGUUGCGACAAGAAGGAAAAGGUUGGGAAAGAGUUGGAAAGUUUGCGACAAGACCAAGAAAACAGCGACGAAGAAAGAAAGUUGCGACAAAUUGAAGAAGAUUGCGACAACAAUGAAAGUUUUGCAACAAUUUCAAAAAAAUGCGACAAAAAGAGAUUUGAGACAGCCCCAAGAACUUUGCGACAAGCCAAAAAGCCAUCAGAAAGUGCGACAAAGGGAGUUUGUCGCCGAAAGAGAUGAAUCUGACUGCACAGUGCAAUGGAUUCGCAUCGCUCGCGGCCAUUUGUCGCGGAAUGUCUUUGGAGAGACGCGACACGGUUUGGCGACAAAGAGAGGGCCUCCUGCCUCUCAGCAAUGA